AUGCGCGUCCCGGGACACUCGGCCACGGAGAGCAGCGACAGAGACAGCGACAGCAGCAGGAGCAGCGCGAGCAGCAGCGGGAGGAGGAAGGAGGAGAAGAGGAGCAGGAGGAGGAGGAGAAAGAGGAGGUGGAGGAGGAGAGAAGGGCCCGGCUGGAGUCCGGUGGCCAUGGCGAGCUCUUUGCCUCUGGAGACGACGGCCACGUCCUGCGCGCGACUGGACGGCGGCAGCAGCGGCGUCGGCGGUGGCGGCGCGAGUCCCAAACCGCUGGCCUUCUCCAUUGACCGGAUCAUGUCCAUCAAACCGUCGGGACCUAGAGGAGGAAGUGGCAGCGGAGGGAGCGGUGGCGCGCAGGGCCCUCGCGCGCUCCCGGCGCAGCCGCCUUUCACCUACGACCUCCACCAGGCCGCCGCGCUCAUGAACUACGCCGAACUGUGGAGAGCCGGGUUCAGAGGGGCAGCGCUCUGCGCGUCGGCGGCCGCGUGUCGGGCCGCCUUCUGCGGCGUCUGCGGCGGGGGAAGUGGCGCAGAUGCGGCGCCUCGGAGCCGCGUAAUCAAGCCGCAGGUGAUUCACCGGGCCGUGGCCGCCGCCGCUGCUGCCGCGCCGCUCUACUACUUCGGCUGCUUGGACUCCCCGUGCCACCCGAGCGAGCUGCUGAAUGGACGCUUGUUUUCUUCCUCUGCGGCGGCAGCGGCGGCGGUAGGGCCGCACGCGCGCGCGCACUCUCACGCGGCCGCAGGAGCGCAGCACACGCUGCUGCUGCUCGAGAGCGCCAAGCUCGACAGGCUGCCUACACCGCAGCACCCGCACAAGGAGAGGCUGCCCGGGCAGCUCGACCACGUGGUAAAGGAGAACCACAGCGCGGCGGCCGCGGCGGCGGACAGGAGCGGAGCGGUGAAGGCGCACGCGAACGGCAAAGCCAAUAGCUGCGCAGCAGACGGAAAGCCGAAGAGCUUCACGUGCGAAGUGUGCGGGAAGGUGUUUAACGCGCACUAUAACCUGACCCGCCACAUGCCGGUGCACACGGGCGCCAGACCGUUCGUGUGUAAAGUGUGUGGGAAAGGUUUCCGCCAGGCGAGCACGCUGUGCAGACACAAAAUCAUCCACACACAAGAAAAGCCUCAUAAAUGUAACCAGUGCGGGAAAGCUUUCAACAGGAGCUCCACGCUAAACACACACGUGCGGAUACACGCCGGAUACAAACCGUUCGUCUGUGAAUUCUGCGGAAAAGGGUUUCACCAAAAAGGGAACUACAAGAAUCACAAGCUGACGCACAGCGGCGAGAAGCAGUUCAAAUGCUCAAUCUGCAGUAAAGCCUUCCACCAGAUCUACAACCUCACUUUCCACAUGCACACGCACAAUGACAAGAAGCCCUUCACCUGCGCCACCUGCGGCAAAGGCUUCUGCCGCAACUUCGACCUCAAGAAGCACGUGCGCAAGCUGCACGAGAGCGGCGCCUGCGCGGCUCCGGUGGCCCACGAGCCCUCCGGGGCAGCCCGGACCUGA